AUGCAAUUGGAUAAAUCCGAUUUCAAGACAGCUGUGCUGAGGCCACAGAUUUUUCAGAGUGUAAAAGAUAGAAUCCAAGCUUGUAAAAGGUUAGUCCUUCAAGUGAACCCUGAAAUUCCACCAUUGAAAGUGAAAGGAGAUAGAAGCAAGUCAGUGUUUUCCGAAGCCUGUAGGCUAGCCAAGUCAUUGCAAUCCCUGGAGACAGAAGAGGAAUGGAACUGUGAAAAGAAAUGGGAGAUGAUGAGUCAUGUGUGGGUAGAGAUGCUAUGUUAUGCUGCAUGUCACUGUCCACGGAAUGAACAUGCCAAGGAGCUUACGCAAGGUGGAGAGCUGCUCACUCAUGUCUGGCUUCUCAUGGCUCAUUGUGGUAUUACUGAACAUGAAUACCAGGGGCUGGUUGUGAAUUAG